CCAGUCACAGGGAUGAGGAAGACAUUAUUGUGCCUGGUCUCCUGAAUGAGCCCUGAUACAGUCUGUCAGAGCCAACAGGCUUAUCAGGCCUUGGAGAAGCAGACAAUUACUGGGCUAUACAACAAAUUAAGAAACGAAACUCUUUAGUAAAUGUGAAAACGAAACCCAUAAAGCCACAUGUUGAUUGGGGCCGCUCUCACUCAGGAUCUUACCUAAACGCCCCACACUGCCAAAGCGUCUGACUCGAGAAGAUGGAUAUGAUUUCCGUGCUGUUCGACGCUCUCGCACUGCUGUCGGUGUUGGGACGAACUGGGGCAAGAGCAUCAUCGCCCAAUACAACCCCUUCAGGCCCCUCCACCUCAGACCUGCGUGGUCAGAUGUUUACAGUGUCAUAUUCGUAUGGCAUAGGUUUCACCAUGUACACAGACGCAAUCUUUCCCUCUCCUUCCCCCACCGUCUACCCUUCUCCUUCCACCUCUACUUCCUCCUCCCCUUCCUCCUCCCCUUCCUCCUCCUCUGCCUACUCCUCCCCCACCACCUCUCCUUCCUCCUCCCCUUCCUCCUCCUCUGCCUACUCCUCUCCCUACCCUUUUCCUUCCACUUCUCUUUCCUCCUCCUCUGCCUAUUCCUCUCCCUACCCCUCUCCUUCCACCUCUCCUUACUCCUCCUCUCCCUCCCCAAGCACCUCCCCCUCUCCCACCACUUACCCCUCUCCUUCUCCCUCCUCCUCUCUCUCGCCCUCCACCACCACCUACCCCUCUCGUUCUCCUUCUCCCUCCUCUCCCUACUCUUCUCCUUCCACCUCUCCUUCUCCUUCCACCUCUCGUUCUCCCUCCUCUCCCUACUCUUCUCCUUUCACCUUUCCUUCUUCCUCCUCUUCUCCCUCCUCCACCCCUUACCCCUCUCAUUCUCCUUCCACCUCUUCUUCUCCCUCCUCUCCAUACACCUCAUAUCCCUACACCACCCCCUCUCCCUCUCUCUCUGCUCUGACUGUGUGUCUGCGUUACAUGGCUGAGGAGGGAAAAGACUUGACUCUCUUCAGCCUCACUCAGGGGAAAUACUGGAACCUGUUACUGGAAAGGAACAGUGGGAUGGACUACCUCUCCACCCAUUCCUCCUCUCAGUCCUUCCGCUCCUAUAGGCUGCUGUGGUCCAUCACUGAGCCACGCCCAUGGACCAGCCUGUGCGUUACCUGGGAGAAAAACACGGGUGUAGCCCAGGUGUGGAGGGGCAGGACUGUCAGUAUCAGGAAGAGGGUGUUUGGCCAGGUGACCAAUGGGCCUCCUGUCUUGAAAGUGUAUAAGUUUGAGGGGCAGCUAACUGACGUGGAAGUGUGGGACAGAGUCCUCUCCCCAAGCUGGAUAAUGUCCUACAUGUCUGGGUGGCGGUUCUACCCGUCCUACACCCCUGGUAAUGUGCUGACCUGGUCCAACGCUAUCUACUCCACCAAUGGUGAGGUUCUCCUGGAGAGAAACACCUACAACUCUGACCAUCAGCCUAUCAGAGGUCAUCGCCAGCACCGAAGACCAAUGAGAAGGAAGAAAAUGAGGAAAUGUGAAUGGAAGAAGAGAGCGAGGGCAGAGCAGAUAGCGAGAACACGGCCGUAGGGGAGAGUAGUGAUUUCCACUAACCCUUACUAAGAUGUACAGUAUGUUCCAUCUUCAUGUAUGACCCAGCAAAGCUCCUUACUUGUGAAUCACUCUGGAUGAAUGUCUGCUCAAAUUAUGAUUCUGUGAUUUCCCAUGUUUGCCCUGAUGGUCCCCAGGGUCAAAUUAAGUGCUACUCUGGCUGAUGUUCAGGUCGUUUGCCCCUUGCGUCUUCCAUGUCUGUCAGCUAAGUAUCUCCGCUCACCUCGCUAGCUAUGAUAGUGCUAACCGUUAGAGCUGUGGCACCACCUCCUCCCUGACGGAAAACACAUCACACUUUAUGCUCAGCACAUAACCUGCCGGGGAAAUGUGACCCAGCAGGCAAAAUGAAAACCAAUGAAAUCAGCAGUUGUCAGGCAGGCUAGAAGCACAAUAUUGUUACUGUUGCAUCACAUUGGAUGACCACAAGUAACUUAAGUUACAUACUGCAGCUUUAAAUGAUUGUUAAAGGAUUUAGUGUGUUGUUAAAUCAUUUUAAUGAUUGCUAGAUGAUUUAAAAGAUUGUUCAAAUGAAGCACGUGGCAAAUUAAAAGUCAUUGGUGAGAAA